AUGGCUGGCGGACACUCAACAUACUACGAUCGCCGGUAUCGCCAGGGCCCGGCGCUUAUUCGCGCGCGCCGACCCUACUUGUUCAAGAAUGCAUUGACCGGCCUGGGUCUUCUUGCCGUCGUGGGGGGCAUAUAUUGGUAUACUCUAAAGGCUGUCGGACAAGACGAUUUUGACGAUGUUAAGGUCCCCGAUGCGCCGCAAAGGCCCGUACCCGCAAAAUAG